CCGACAGCUAAAUUCUAUCAUGGCAGGGCCCAAGCGAGGUUCCAAUCAUGCAUGUCUAAGCUCAUGACUAACACUUCCGGACUCUAACACUGACCCGUCCGGUCCGUCUUGUCGCCUUGGCCCCACCUCAACUCCGCGGAAUUCGGGACGUUCGAUCGAAUGAAAGGAGGAGGAUAGCCCCGGUGGUGAUGCACAAGCGGGACGGGUGCUGAUCAACUGCAUGCCGCGUGGGACAAGGUUCCACUCAUGAUGGCACGGAACCUCGAAACCUUUCGGUGUACACAGGCCUUGCCCAAUUCCGGUGCGGGGAUGCUAUCAAUGCCGUGUCUUUCGUGUGCUGGUGCCCCAGUCAUCUCAAGUUUAUAAUGUCGUCGAUCUGUUCAUCUCUUUACUGUCGGAAGGUAAGACAAAUCACCGUCGUAUUUCACCUUCAUUCACCAUGGCCCAAGCAUUCGGAAAUCUACCCAGCGGAGUCGUAAAGGUCCCAGAGAAGUUCACUCUCAAGGUGCCGGACCAGAGCGUGGACGAAUUUCAGCAGCUGCUCCAGCUAUCGAAGAUUGGGCCGGAGACCUGGUACAACAAGCAAGAAGACGGCCAAUUCGGCGUAUCUCGUAAAUGGCUCAUUAACGCUAAAGAAGCCUGGUUGAAGUUCGACUGGCGCAAACAGGAAGCUCGCAUCAACUCCAUACCGAAUUUCAAGGCAAAGGUCGAUGAUGCAGAUCUCGGAACCGUGGACGUCCACUUCGCUGCCCUGUUCUCCAACAAGAAGGACGCAACACCAGUCAUCUUCAUGCAUGGCUGGCCCGGCUCAUUCCUCGAAUUCUUCCCGAUGAUCGACUUGCUUGUGAGCAAGUACACACCCGAUACCCUGCCGUACCAUGUCAUUGUGCCGUCUCUCCCGGGCUAUGGACUCUCUGCUGGCUCAAUUCCGCUUGAGAAAGAGACUCAACAAGAGGCUGUCGCACGCAGUCUGCAUCAGCUGAUGCUUGAUCUUGGAUUCGGCAGCGGGUACGCUGCUCAAGGCGGUGACGUGGGAAGUUUCAUGGCUAGAAUUAUGUCUGGCUACAAGGAGUGCAAGGCAUUUCACUUGAACAUGUUGAUGCCUACCCCGGAGGAUGCUGCUGGUGGCACCGAUGGGUUGACAUCUCAAGAACUUGAACAGACUGGCAGGAUGUUGAAAUGGCGCUCAACUGGAAUGUCAUAUGCCCUAGAGCACGGCCUCCGACCAGCAACCAUCGGCUUGGUAUUGUCAGCGAGUCCGCUGGCGUUAUUGGCUUGGAUUGGCGAAAAGUACAUCGAGUGGGUGGACUCGCGUUACCCGCUUCAGCUGGAGACCAUUCUCGAGCUCGUGAGUCUGUACUGGUACACGGACACGUUUCCAAGGAGUAUCUACCCGUACCGGCCCUUGGCCAAGGCCAUGUCUAGCGAAGGCGGUGGCACAACCAUCUCUACUUCGAAGGAGACGCCGUUGGGAUACUCGUGCUUCCCAGCCGAGAUUGGCCUCAUGCCAAAGGUGUGGGCAGAAAAGUCAUUCCCCAAUCUCACGCAGUAUCGCACGCAUGAGAAGGGCGGACAUUUUGCGGCGCUUGAGCAACCGGCGUUAUUGCUGCAAGAUGUGGAGGAUUUUUUAGCUUCUCUCAAAGCCGCUUCCAAACUCUGACUUAAGCCUCAAGAUCUGGAGUCAGGUAGUUGAGAGUCUUUUAUGUGACAGAUUGAUGUCAGAUUAGGUAAAAGGUACGCCAGGUGAGGAUAUCAAAAUACGAUUGUUAUUUUCAGUCAUAAAUUCGUAAACACC